GGCCCGAAACGCCUCGCGGCAUUUUCAGGACCGAAACUUGGAGAAAGGGCCUUCCCCGAGGCCCGGCGACACCCCGCGGACCCUCGACUGAGGGCGGGCGUCCCUCCCAGUGCGCGUGCGCGGGCAGGGUCUUCCCGCACCUGAUCGCGAGACCCCAACGGUCGGCGGCUCGAGGCGUCGCCCGGGCGUCCCUGCGCAGCCGGCCAUGGCGCAGCCGUGCGGGCCGAGGCGCUGGCGGGCACUGCUGGCCCUGCUGGCAUCGCUGCUGCUCUGCCGGGCCGAGGCGGCCGGCGGAGGACGGAGCAUCCACGACUUCUGCCGUGUCUCGCUGGUGGUGGGGCGGUGCCGGGCCUCCAUCCCCCGGUGGUGGUACAACGCCACGGACGGCACCUGCCAGCAGUUUGUGUACGGAGGCUGCGACGGAAAUGACAACAACUACCUGAGCAAGGAGGAGUGCCUGGAGAAGUGUGCCGGGGUCACAGAAAUCUCCAGUGAUGAGCAAACCACCAAGAGGAAUGGUGCCGAGUCUUCUGCCCCAAGUGUGCCCAAAAAGGACUCGGACGAGCCUUCUGGGGAUGGUUUCGACUUUGAAGAAUACUGCAAUGCCAAAGCCGUUACCGGGCCCUGCCGCGCAGCCUUCCCACGCUGGUACUUCGACGCCGAGAAGAACUCCUGCAAUCAGUUCAUCUAUGGAGGCUGCCGUGGCAACAAGAACAGCUACCCCUCCAGGGAGGCGUGCAUGGGACGCUGCUUCGGCAAGCAGGUGUACCCUGCCCUGCCCACUGGCAGUAAAGUGGUGGUCCUGGUGGGCCAGCUCGUGAUGGUCCUGAUCCUGCUGCUGGGCGCCUCAGUGGUCUGCCUGAUCCGCGUGGCGCGCAAGAGGCAGGAGCGCGCCCUCCGCACCGUGUGGAACUCUGCUGACGACAAGGAGCAGCUGGUGAAGAGCACGGGGGUCCUGUGAGGCCGCCUGGGCAGACUGUGUAACAGAGUGGGCCGUUGUGCUGUGAGUGCGCUUUGCUGUGUGUCCCAGGGAGGAAGGCCGCAGGCCCUCCUGGCCAUGGCCGGCGCCCAUGGGCGCAGCGUCUCCUUGGCCGUUGCCUUUGCUUGUGUUGAAUCCCUCCUCUUCUCUCAUCACAGAAGUGACUGUUCAAGAGCUUCUUCCAUUUGUUUGAUUCAUAGUUUUUUUAAGUAAGCAAAAGCUGAGGGUUUUUUUUAAAUUAGGGUUAUCAAAGAAAGAAAAUAAAAUG